UUUAAGACCCGCGCGUGUCUGUGAAAAUGCUUCAGUUUGAACAACAAAGGAACAGCAGAAAAUCCUUCGAAUAGUGGGUGCAUUAGUAGGUAUAUUUAAGACGCUGAUCAGGCACUCGGGUUGUCUAUGUAAGGAUAUUUUUGUGUGUUUAUUCUUAUCCAGUUUUCAGAUCGUACACGAUGAUGUGUUAUGAAAGGCACGAGCGCUGAAAGGGGCGCAAGCGCGCGCAUUCAUCACCUGGCUUCAUAACGCCUCUAUAACGCUGUGAGUGCACUGGAUGUGUCUGAUGACUGCCGGUGUGCAUGGUGUAUUUUGGUUUAAACGCAACUAAUGAGAAAGUUGCAUCACAGCAUUUGACCCGAGAAGAUCCCAGACGCACUUUGAGCCACAUCAUUGCUGUUUUAGAAAUUAUGGGAAAUGGAUAAACUCACAAUAAUUUCAGGAUGUCUGUUUCUUGCUGCUGAUAUUUUUGCAAUUGCCAGCGUUGUGAACCCAGACUGGAUCAACACGGGAGAAGAAGAAGGUGCCCUGACCAUGGGGCUGGUCCGGCAGUGUCAGACGAUUCACGGCAGGGACAGGAUAUGUUCACCCCCAAGCCUUUCUCCAGAAUGGCUCGCCACUCUCUUCUUUAUAAUCCUGGGCAUCAUUUCACUGUCCAUCACUUGCACCUUGUUGGUGCUGUCACACUGGCAUCAGGAGACAGCCAAGUAUGCCCGCUGGAUUGCUUUCACAGGAAUGGUCCUGUUCUGUCUGGCAGCUCUUAUAUUUCCUACUGGAUUUUAUAUCAGUGAAGUUGGUGGACAACCUUAUAAGUUACCCAACAGCACUGUUGUGGGAUCUUCAUACGUACUUUUUGUCUUAUCGAUAUUUUUCACUAUCGUCGGACUGCUGUUUGCUGGGAAAGUCUGUCUGCCUGGCUGACAUAAAGCUUCACCACUAAUGUGUUUGUUGCAAGCUAUAAAGCUUAAAGCAUAGGGUCCCAUUUCUUAGAAAGCGAAAGACUUGCUUGGAAAGGACGACAUCAAGAGUUUAUAUGCACUAUGUCAUGAAUUCUGUAUUAGACAUGCACUGUAUCACUGGAGCCGACAACCUUCUGUGUUCGGUAUUGUCUUCUACUGCCAAUUAUUUUGAAAGAAUCCAGUUCUGUUCAUUUUCUUAACGUUGUCCUUGUGAUUGUUAUCCUUCAUGUCAUGGCAUGUGACAACAAUAGUUUAAAUACAGUGCAGUUUUUCUUUGAUUAUUUUUUUUUUAUCAAGGUAUAAGGAGGUGAAAGUGAUGUGUUCUUGCUGUACAGAAAAAGUCUAUUCGAGCCACAAUAGCAACUCUGUCCUUCUCUUCCAGGAUGUAAUCUCAGCCUGUUAUUUAUAGCUGAACUCCUGUGCCACUUUCAGUUUUAUCCAUCUAUUUGUGAGAUUCAUCUGUGUAUGAAUUGGUCUCGUUUCCUUGGCAACAUCCAGCAUUUCGAGAAAGGAAGUGAAAAGCGAGUAUCCUCUUUCCUCUUUGCUUCUAAAAACAUUCAUCUAAAAAGAUGAAUUCGGUUGAGCCCAAAUGUGGUCUAGACUAUAAUAAUGGUUUUAUUUUUUAAAAGGGUGUUUAUUUUCAGGUUGUUAUUUCCCAACAUAUUAUCUAAGAAAUGGUCUAUAAUCAGUUUAUAACAGUAUUAUUUGUUAUAUAUAUGAUGGACACCCUUAAUAUUUUCCUCAAGCUCAUAGCAUGCGUCUGGAGUUGAAUCAUUCUUCAGCAGGAUCAUGAAGCACUUUAUUAGGAACCCCUGUACACUUACUCAUCCAUGCAGUUGCCUAAUCAGCCAUUUGUGUAGCAACAGGACAAUGCAUAAAAUCAUACAGAAGGAGCCAGCGGUUUCAGGUAACAUUCACCAUCAGCC